AUGCAGCACGCCAGCGCCGUCGAGAGUCCCAGAAUUCUGCUGCUCUCGAAGCCGAGAGGCGGUGCGGAGCCCCGCAUCGUGGUGGACGACAAGUUCCUGGUGACUUCGCUCCCCGAAUCUUCGUCGUGGCUCCACGGAGUUGGAUCUUCAUGUCACGGGCUGCUCUGCUUCCACGACUUCUACGACCGCGCAAGCUAUGUCCUCAACCCUCUGACACGAGAAGUCGUCUUGCUGCCGGGCGUCGACCCAUUGCGUGAACGGUGGCGCCCGUUCAGUGUCGGAGUCGGGGCGAGCCGCCUGACCGGCCGGUACAAGAUCGUGCGCCUGAGCUACCUGAGGGACGGCGCAGUCCUCGCAUUCAGGGCGGAGGUCCUUGAUCAGGGCUCCUGGUCGUGGAGGAAAGUAGCCAGCGCCCCUCCCAACCUCCUCCUCGAAGAACCCGUGUUCGCCGCUGGAUCAAUCCACUGGACGGACCUCGGAGCAGGCCUUGCUGUCGGGAUCUCGUCAUUCGACCUCGCGAAGGAAGAGUUCGCGCCGACUCCAUGCCCGGAAGGGUUUCGAGACCCCUACCUAGUGGAACUCCAGGGAGUUCUGGGGCUCGUCGACUGCUUGGGCGAGGAGAGCGUGGACGUGUGGGUGAGGGAGGAGGAGAGCGGGCGGUGGACGAAGGAGUACAGUGUCCGGCUGGUCCCGCCAUUGCCGAUGAGCAGUCGCUACAGCCUUAAUGUUCGGCGCUGCGGUGGUGGCCGGAAGAUCGCACUCAACUACGAGGACAGCUUCUGGUUCUACGAUCCCGCGACUGACGAGCUGAGGCAUGAGCAGAGAGACGGCGCGUCGCGGGCCACUGUUGCUUGCAGCAUCACCGUGAGUUUGCUAUCGCCGGCGCAGUUGUGGAAUGAUGGGGGUUAA